AGCUUUUAAUACGUGAUGUCGAUCAACUCAAAAGUAAAAGUAUCGGCUAUGAAAAAACUAUGUGGGAGAGGAUUGGAACGGAAUUAGAGAAAGUAGAUGUCGAAAGUCUUGGAUUCGAUCAUCCAAUAUGUUCUGGAGUCCUUGAUAUCAAAUCGGAACCUUUCACAAAGAUGCCUGGGUCAUUUUGCGAUAUUUUUAAGGAACCUUUCGAGAAAUACAAGCUAGAUCAUAAUGAUAUAAUAAUGGAUACUUGUAGAGAAAUAAUUCAUAAUGAGGAGUCGAAGAUAAAUUUGGAUGGAGAUUUGA